AUUUUCCUCACACAACUUCUUCACCAUUCAGCUACCAAGCCAAGAUUUCCACCCUAUUUAUAAUUUAUUAAACAUGGCAUUCUAUUUUAUGAUUCCCUUAUUUGCUUCCAUUUUAUUUAUUUUUCUCUUCAAUUUUCUGCUUAAUUUGUUCAAAUCCAAAAAAUCCCGGGACUUACCCCUCCCGCCUGGCACCCUGGGUUGGCCGUACAUCGGUGAAACCUUUCAGCUCUACUCCCAAAACCCAAAUGUCUUCUUUGCUUCCAAGCAGAAAAGGUACGGCUCCAUAUUCAAGACCCAUAUACUUGGGUGUCCCUGUGUGAUGAUUUCCAGCCCGGAAGCUGCGAAAUUCGUGCUUGUCACCAAGUCUCACCUCUUCAAGCCAACGUUUCCGGCCAGUAAAGAGAGGAUGUUGGGCAAACAAGCCAUUUUCUUUAGCCAAGGACAGUACCAUGCCAAAUUGAGGAAGCUUGUGCUCCGUGCCUUCGUGCCUGAGGCCAUCAAAAGCUUCGUUUCUAACAUCGAAUCCAUUGCCAAAGAUUCUCUCCAGUCAUUGGAAGGCAGGCUGAUUACCACUUUCCAAGAAAUGAAAACGUACACAUUCAAUGUUGCGCUGCUAUCAAUAUUCGGAGAGGAUGAAGUGAAGUACAGAGAAGAUCUGAAGAGGUGUUAUUACAUAUUAGAAAAAGGGUAUAACUCGAUGCCCAUUAACAUUCCGGGUACACUUUUCAACAAAUCGAUGAAAGCAAGGAAAGAGCUAGCUCAGAUCCUGGCCAAAAUCAUAUCGACCAGGAGGGAAACGAAGCAGGAGUACAAUGACUUGUUGGGUUCUUUCAUGGGUGAUAAAGAAGGCCUCACCGAUGAACAAAUCGCUGAUAACAUCAUUGGUGUAAUCUUUGCUGCUCGUGACACCACCGCUAGUGUACUCACUUGGAUAAUUAAGUACCUUGGAGAAAACCCCAGCGUUCUUCAAGCUGUCACGGAUGAACAAGAGGCCAUAAUGAAAGGUAAAGAGAAAUGCGGUGAGGAGCAAACUCUGAGCUGGGCAGAUACCAAGAAGAUGCCCAUAACUUCAAGAGUGAUUCAGGAGACACUUAGGGUUGCUUCGAUUUUAUCUUUUACCUUCAGAGAAGCAGUGGCUGAUGUUGAAUAUGAAGGGUAUCUUAUACCAAAAGGAUGGAAAGUUUUACCACUUUUUAGAAACAUUCAUCACAGCCCAGAAAUCUUCCCAGAUCCUGAAAAGUUUGAUCCUUCAAGAUUUGAGGUUGUUCCAAAACCCAAUACAUUUAUGCCAUUUGGCAAUGGAACACAUUCAUGUCCAGGGAAUGAGUUAGCCAAGCUGGAAAUCAUGGUCCUUCUCCAUCAUCUGACCACAAAGUACAGGUGGUCUAUGGUGGGUACAAACAGUGGAAUUCAGUAUGGUCCUUUUGCUCUUCCCCAGAAUGGUUUGCCCAUCAGAUUAAUCAGAAAAUCAUAGGCAUGCACUCAAUUUCUUAAUUUUAGAGUAUGAAGCAAAGAAUGCAAAGGCAAAGACAGUUCCAACAAAGAGCUUUUUGGACAAAUGAAGAAACUUGAGAUCAUAAAUAACAAAAAUGGAAAGAAAAAAAAAACCAAGACCCCAAACUGUACAGAAAAGAAAAGCAAAAUCUGCAAACAGUUUCCUGUUUAUUCUUUCUUUCUCCAACUCAUAGCAAAGAAUAACAAAAAAUGGAAAGGGAGUGUCUUUUGUAAGCUUUCUUAAUUUAAAUGAAGUCCGCAAGGCAAAAAAAAAAAAAUUCAUAUUUAUAUGAAUUAUUGAAAAUUUUA